AUGCCCCCGAACCGUACUGCCGACUGUGAAAUCGAUAAGAUCUUUCAUUACAAUUUCCUUUCAGUUACAUACGCUAUUGUGUUCCUGGUGGGUUUCACCACAAAUUCCGUGGUGCUGGUCUGUUUGUGUUUGAGGCGGAGGAAAUGGGUCAGCGGGAAUUUCUUCGUGUUUAACUUGGCCCUUGCGGACCUUCUCUACGUCGUCACCCUGCCGUUCUUUGUGGUGUACUAUGCCAGACACGGUCGGUGGAUUUUUGGGAAAUAUGCUUGCCGAAUAAGCAGGCUCGUUUUCCACCUGAACUUGUACGGCAGCAUCGGAUUCCUCACUUGCAUCAGCGUCCAGCGUUACCUGGGCAUCGUGCAUCCUAUGAGGAUGUUGGGCAGAUGGAAGACGCGUCACUCAGCACUCAUCAGUCUUCUGGUCUGGGGGCUGGUUCUGAUUCAAACCCAGGUGGAUUUAUAUUUUACCAAGACAAGCGCCGAUGGUUCAAAGUGCCACGAUACUACAAUAAACGAGGAAGUAACCUCUUAUCUACUGUAUGUUAGGGUCAUUUCUGUGACUGGGUUUUUGAUCCCUUUCCUCCUUAUCUUAGGGUGUUACUGUCAGAUCGCCGUGGUGCUCAGCAGAAAACGCAGCCAGCACACCGGCCCGAAGGAACGAUCCCGGAACCUUGCGAUCAUUAUUAUGCUUCUAUUUUCGGUUUGUUUUGCCCCUUAUCAUGUUUUACGAUAUCUCAAUUUGAUGUCCAGGCAACUUCAAUGGAAAGGUCUCUGUGCCGGAAAUAACAAAUCGGUUUACUUGUUCUACCAGAUUACCAGGGGGCUGACCAGUUUAAACAGCUGCAUUGACCCAUUCAUUUAUUUCGUAACCAGGGAUGGCACGGUGGAUCAAAUGAGAACUUUCAGCGUUAAGAUACGAGGAGUAUUCGGUCUUGGAUGA